AUGGAGGCGGUUGAAGGAGUGAAGAUUAGGGUUCUUGGAAAGGGUUCAUUCGGUGUGGUACAUUUGGUGGAAACAAUUACUCAGCUGUAUGCGGUGAAAUCUGCUUCUUACGCAAUGAGUUCUUCUCUUCAGAAAGAAAAGGAAAUUCUCAAAAGUUUGGUCGGCUGCCCCAACGUUGUUGGAUGUUUCGGUGGUUUCACAAGUGUCGAACCCGAUCAAACUAUGCGUUAUAACUUAAUACUUGAAUAUGCAUCCGGAGGCACUCUCUUGGACUUGAUGAACAUGAAGGGCGGCAAAAUACCCGAAUGUGAAGUAAAGGGCUACACAAGAAUGAUAGUGGAAGGGGUUGCAGACAUUCAUGAGAGAGGAUACGUUCAUUCGGAUCUUAAACCAGCAAACAUUCUGGUUUUUCCAUCUCACAACAAUGGCAUUACCUUGAAGAUUGCGGAUUUCGGGUUAGCUAAACAAUGGGGAGAAAAAGAUGAUACCUCAGGGCUUUGUUUUAGAGGCACCGAGGAGUAUAUGUCGCCUGAAUCCAUCAAGGGGGAGAUGAGUGGUGCAUUGGAUGUAUGCUCUGUAGGUUGCAUCGUGGUGGAGAUGAUUACUGGGAAAAUUCCAUGGAGGUAUUCUAACCUCAAGGAUCUAAUGAAGAAGCUUUUGAAAGGAGAAACCCCAGAAUUCCCUGAAAACAUGUCGACUGAUGGCAAGGAUUUCUUGGCCAUGUGUUUUGCUAGGGAUCCUAACCAAAGAUGGUCGGCUAAUAUGCUGUUAUCCCAUCCUUUUAUUAUUAAUAAAGUUAUAUAA